AUGCGUCCACGGGCGAAUCAGGCCGUUCAUUCACAGGUCUAUCCUCCAGUUGCUUCCGAUCCCUCACAUGAUCAUGCCCUCGGGAUGACCUCGCCGGCUCUCGAAGGCGGUGUUCAACAUCUGAACCCUCAAAGCCGCCAAACCGGGACAGAGGCCAGCGCUUCAGCCACUGCCGGUCUCAAUCAUCACGAUGCUAUGCAUCCACAGCCUAUUGCCCCACCGAAUCUACCCAUCUCAGGCCUCAACACCGUUCAGACUCCCGCGCACUCAAUAUCAGUACCUGGUGAGCUGCAUGAGCUUCAAGAGUAUCAUGAGCAGAAUGUUGCCGACGGCACCGAAGGUGCUCUAGCACUGCAGGCGAAUCAUGAAGCAUUCAACGCCGUUCCCAUGGCGAUGCAGCAUACACAACACGUCAGCAUGCAGUUGGCUGACCCCCAUCUCGAAGGCCUGCUCGAACCAACCAACCCGGGUGCCACUUCGGGGCCACUCUCUCACAUUGAGACUCUUUAUCCCCCCCACCUUACCGAUUCACCGCAUGCCCCGACCGAUCCGGUGGUGGUGAACUCCGAAGACCAGUCCUUCCUUCUGACAGCCCUUCCGCCCGUACAGCCAGCACUCGGAAGUCUCAAUGCACCUGGAGCGCUCACGCUGGAUCUUCACGCACAACUGAAUCUGUUCAGCACCGCCCAGCCCACGUCUCUCGGCCCCGAGAACCAUGGCCUGAACGAGUUCCUUAGGAUAUGGGCACUGAGUGAUCGAUGGGGUUCUUCAAGCAUGCCAGGCCCUCGGCUGGAUAGAAUCAGCGCCCAACUGGCCGCUAAGCCCAUGCGUAUGAGCUAUGAAGAGCUUGACGGCGAAGGAAUGGAUUUUCAGGGCUUGGACUGGGAGGACAUAGGCGUGUCGCGCAAGUAUGCACGUGAGCGACGAAAACUUACCUACAAAAAUUAUACUAACAAGCUAGACUCCGACAAGUGGAAGAUCCGUCCCUUCGACGGAGCGAUCCCUAGUUCAGAGAGCUUCUACAGGUUUCGGCGCAUGGAUUUACGCCGGAACAUUCAUCUAGCACAUUUCCAACUACGAAAUGUACUGGCUUGCGCCGACCGAAGCCACGUCUUCUACCCGGGUAGGGAUGUGAUUCACCGCAUAAACCCCCUGUCUGGCCAUUCCGACGUGGCUAUGGAUUUGAGUGAUUUGCAUCACGUCCAAAUCUCGACACUCGAUGCUAAGCAUGACAUGCUUGUCGUCGGAACAUUCAACGGGGAGUACUGUAUGCGUAGUGUCCACUCGCAAGACCCGAGGUUCACGGAGGGCCAGGUCACCAACAACAGCAGUUGCAUCACGAAUCAUCUGCAGAUUCAUGAGUCGCGUCACUCGAGCAGUCCUUUGGUCGCAUUUUCUUCGAACGACCAAGGCUUCCGUGUCAUGGACGUCGCUUCGCAAAAGUUUACACUGGACACAAAAUUUAAAUUUCCCAUGAACUGCACCGCUCUUUCCCCCGACGGUCGACUACGCGUCAUGGUCGGCGACAGUAAUUCGGUUAUCAUAGCCUGUGCCGAGAGUGGCGGCCCCGUUCAAUGGCUCUCUGGCCACCGUGAUCAUGGCUUUGCGUGUGCUUGGUCCGAGGAUGGCUGGACGGUGGCAACAGCAGCACAGGACAGGAGCGUCAAAAUUUGGGAUGCUCGUCGAUGGACCAACUCGAGCGCUAGAGCCACACCUGUGGCUACAAUCCGAUCAGAGCUGGCCAGUGUUCGCGGACUGCGGUUUUCUCCAGUUGGCAACGGGCCUCCGGUACUUGUUGCGGCGGAAGAGGCCGACUUUGUCAACAUUAUCAAUGCACGCACGUUCCGUCACAAGCAGACGAUCGAUGUCUUUGGCGAAAUCGGCGGAGUAGGAUUCACAGAUGACGGCAACGAGUUGAACAUAUUGUGUACGGACCGUCACCGAGGUGGUCUGAUUCAGCUCGACAGAUGUAACUACGGAUCCAAGUCUGAAUUCGUAGGCUCUUUUCAGCCAAACGCCAUGGACGAUAUAUGGAGGCAGCCUUACCGGUCUGCACUACACGAUGAAGAAGGCUUCGACGAGGGCCUGACACGCGGUGGGCCAGCAGGUCCGCGCACCAGAUUAUACUGGGACGACAUGGAACCUUUUUGA